AGUGUUCUCAGGAGUACACUCAAAUCUGCAUGACAGGAAAUAAAAUGUGUUAUUGUGCUGGACAAACAAAUAGUCAACUAAUAGACCACUAUUUUCAAAAUUCGUUUCAUAUUUAUGUGCCUCUUUUGUUAAUAAGAAAUGAAAGGAAGUUGUCAUCCAUAUUUAUAAAUUGUACACACCAGGAGCGCACGUAUCUAUGUACAAAAUGGACAGUUUAACUUCCUUAACGGCCGAAGAGAGCAGUCAGAUAGUAAACACUAGACACUGCAAUCAUUGGGCCUACAUAACUUCGAUUUCUCUUGGUAUCUACUGUAUUCUCAAAGAAAGCUGGUGUGCUGGUAUACAAAAUGGCAGCUGAGGCUGCCUCGGUUGAGGAAAUAAGGCUUCGCGAGAUUUUGAAUUGCCCAGCGCUUACGAUAGUGAAGAAUUCGUUGAUGGACUCCAAUUACCAACUAGAUGUCGCCUUGCUCCAGUUACAAACGGCAGAGAAGAAAGAAAGUUGCAUUGUGGACCUGAAUAGCUAUUGCUGUGUCAGCGAACUCAUGGACUUGGUCAAAACGAGCAUCGAAAAGCUAAUUAAAAUCGAAGAACUGACUUUGCGCCAUGCAAUCAAACAUCCGAUCCACUUACGAAGAAGAGAUGUAGACAGUGGAUUCUGUGCAUCUACGGAAGUUCCUGAAGUUACUGGCCUGAAUAGAGACAGUGGGAUUGCAGAAAGGCAAGAGUAUCCUCUUGACGCCAAUGAGUUCAACGCUCUAAUUAUAGGACCGCAACCAGAAAAACGUGAUGAGACGAACACUUUUAGUAACUGCUAGUCUCGGCCGAAUAGCUUCAGGCUUAUUUUAGUGCUGACAGCAUUUUUCUAUCAAUGACACAGACUCUUGAAGAGGAGGGUAAAGUCUCAAAGUUUAAUAGAUAUUGAGGACAAAAAAUUAAAGCACCAAAAAGAUUUAAUAAAUCGGUAACUGCUUUAAAGUUUUUUAGCCACAUUAACAGAAGAGUGACGGGUCAACUCAUCUGUCCUUGACAUUAUGUCAAUUGUUCACGUGACUAUGUUGGCAGGAAUGUUCUUUCAAAGAGACAAUUUGAAGCUUCUAUCUGGUUUGUUUUUUAAGUGUUUGUAUUAGAUAAAGUGAUUCAUUCUAAAUGAUCUUCAAUUUAUUGAUUCGUAUUAUAAGAUCUUCUGUAUUAUUUUAUUUACAUCUUCAGUUUAUUCAUUUCUUGUAUAAGAUCUACAGUUUAUUAAUUCAUUUAUAUUAAUUCAUUUAUAUGAUUUUUCAGUUUGAUUGAUUUUACAGUUUAUGUAUAUGUUCUAAAGAUUAUCUUUUUUUUUCUAUUAAAUCUAUCAAGUAAGGCUUAAUUUACGUUAACUGGGAUCUGUUUCUUUUAAUUCAAUAUAAUCUUACGUUGUUGUUGUUUUCCUAUAAUAUUAUUAAGUGUAGAGUAUUGGAGCGACACUGUAAUUUGAUAUUUAUUUAUUUUGACCUAAAAUGGAUAGAUCUUAACAUGAAGACUUUAAGAAAAGUAUAUACAUAUAAAUAAUUGGAACAAUACAAAAUAUUGAAACAGAAAUCUGGAUUUAACGUCAAUAAUUAACAAACUAUAAAGCAUGGCUCCUAACAUAUCUUAGUUUCAUACAACAUUUAAAAGUUUUAAAUCUCGCUUUUACCUACUCUUCAUUAGCGGAGCUAUAUGGUAACCAGCUCAGCGAUGCUACAUUACCUGGUAUUAUGUUAUCCAGCCCAAUUAGGCUACGUUACCUGGUAUCAUUUUAUCCAGCCCAAUUAGGCUACGUUACCUGGUAUCAUUUUAUCCAUCCCAAUUAGGCUACGUUACCUGGUAUCCUUUUAUCCAGCCCAAUUAGGCUACGUUACCUGGUAUCAUGGUAUCCAGCUCAACCAUGCUAAGUUACCUGGAGUUGUAAGAUGGCUCGCUAAGAAAAGCAUCUUUUUAAGGGCAAAGUUUUAGUCGCUUAAAAUAAAUUGUAUACCAUACAAUACUUUUUGUACUCAAUAAUUGUUUGAUGUUUUAUAUAUGUCUUUAAAUCUCAAAAACAUAUAAUGUAUUACCUUACUGAUAAGGUGAUAUUGUUGAUAUGUUAUAUAACAUGAAAGCUGUAUAUAUUUGUAAUAGAUGUAAUUUUUUAAAAAGUCGACCUCUGUAUGUGCUUCUAUUUGAAACACAUUGUUGACACAUCUCAGUCCCAUGAUACUGUUGUUGGGAACGUAUUCUUAUCUUACACAUUACACAUGUUCCUUGAAAAACAACUUACAGAUUUAGCUUUUUUUUUU